GGCAACAGUCGCUUGCACGCAUUUCAUGCGGCCACGCAGCUUUUCGUGUAAAGUGCUGACAGCCUGGCAAAGUGCCAAUUGCCCCAAAAACGAAAUGUAAGCAAAAAAAAAAAAAAAAAAAAAAAACACACGCACACAAACAAACACAAAAUGAACCGGAACAGAGGAGGAAGAGAAUGAACAGGAAGCUGUAGCAAUUAGAAGCAGAAACCCCAAUCGAAUCGAAAUCGUGCUGAGGCCAAGUCCGUGAAAAUGGCCAUCAAUAUUUGGGGUCUGAAUCACUUUGCCAUUAGCGCGAUUGUGAUAACCACAAUGCAGCUAAUAUUCUUCCUAUUGAAUGCUUUGUUACACUUGGAUAAACUCUCGGACUUUGCUGGCGGCGUUAAUUUCAUUGUCAUAGCAUUGCUGACCUUUUUCAUAGGCCAAUUGGAUCGUCCCUCCAAGGCAUAUGAGAGUCGUCAGCUUAUGGUAACUGUCUUCGUCUGCCUGUGGGGCGCUAGACUCUCUGGCUAUUUGCUGUAUCGCAUCAUCAAACUGGGCCGCGACAAACAAUUUGAGGAUACGCGACGCAAUAUCAUACGCUAUGCUAUCUUCUGGACCUUUCAGGCCAUUUGGGUGUUUGUCGUCUCGCUGCCGGUCAUAAUAAUCAAUUCGCGUCACACCCAGCCACAGGCUGUUAAAGGCAUGACCACAUUGGAUUCCACGGGCACGGGCAUGUUUAUUGUCGGCCUGCUGGCCGAGACGUAUGCGGACCUGCAGAAGUUCUCCUUUCGCCAGGAUCCGGCUAACCAUGGCAAGUUUUGCAAUGAUGGUCUUUGGGGUCUGUCGCGGCAUCCGAAUUACUUUGGCGAGGUGAUUGUCUGGUGGGGCAUCUUUGUCAUCUCCCUAAACGUGAUCACUGGCCAUGAGUGGGUGGCCAUAGCAUCGCCCAUCUUUACCACCCUGAUUAUUCUCUUCUUGUCCGGCAUACCGCUGCGUGAACGCAGUGCAGAUGAGAAGUACAAAAACCAGGUGGAUUACCGCAAAUACAAGGCAACCACGUCGCCACUAAUACCUGUGCCGCCGGCCAUUUAUGAGGAGGUGCCUGGGGCCCUGAAGUUCAUACUCUGUUGCGAGUUUCCCAUCUACGAUACGAUGCGAUUGCAUAAGGACACGAGUCCCUACUCGCUGUCCAUAGCUCGCUCUCAGUCGCACAUAUAGCAGUCAGUGGCUCACUCCAGCAGCGCAGCCGCUGGCGUGGGCCAACAGGUGCACACGCACUCGCACACCCACUCGUCGAGUCAGUCGCAGCACCAUCAGCAGCAUCAGCACCGCGGUCACUGCUAUGGCGCCGAUGGUGGUUUAGCUGAGAGCCAUCAUAAUUGUGGUGGCAGCUGCCGGAACGUGCACGUGAAGUCGAAUCCGUAUCAAUGCGAGGCGGGCUAUGGCAAUUAUGGUGGUCAUCAGCUGGACGCUGAGGACACGGAUGAUGGUAUUAUCUAUGUGGCAAGUCACUCGGGCAGCAAGGCCAAGACCCACUACUUUCAAGCUCUCGACAUGGAUGAGCGUCCGAAGUGCAGCUACCUCGCCGAGGAGGAGCUGGCCUCGGACUACGACGAGGAUAUACCACCCAUCGAUCUGAGCAAAGAGAACAGCGUCGAGAGCUUUACCAAUCGGGUGCAAAUAGCCACCGAGCAAUCCCUAAAUGCCGAGGGCAUGCCCGUGACAGUGACAACAAUCCUGUGAUUGUGAUUCAACCCCUUUCGCUGUAGCUCAAAUCGCUCUCCAAGCGUGCUUGAAUCGAAUAUGCUUGCCGAACAAAAAAAAAAAGA